UACACAGCGCAACAAACAAUAGAUAUGCUGGGAAGAAGGUUCAUUUCCUUCUUCAAAAAUUCCCCCAAAUCAAAACUUUCCAGUUCAAAAAAUCCCGUGGAUGAAGAGAUAGACAAAUCAUUUGGUCGUAAAGCAGUGUCUUUCAUCUUGAUUACUGUCACCGGUGGCGUUGCCUUGAGUGCUCUUGAUGAUCUUGCUCUUUAUCAUAGCUGUAGCAGGAAGGCCUUGGAGAAAAUCGGUAACAAUCAGCAAAUUAAGGAUGCUUUAGGAGAGCCUAUUGUGAAGGGUCCAUGGUACAAUGCAUCACUUGCAGUAGCUCACAAGAGGCAAUCUGUGUCUUGCACAUUUCCCGUCUCGGGACCACAAGGCACUGGUGUCUUGCAGUUGAAGGCCGUUCGUAAUGGAGAGGACACCUGGUUUUCAUUUUUGCGGCCUCGUGACUGGGACAUCAUAAUCAUGGAUGCUCUCCUGCAUGUUCCUGGGAAUGAUGAGAAGCACCAAACUUUCCGGAUCAGUGUCUCUGACUAUUUCCCUCCGCCCCCUCAAGCUUGCACGGCAUGUACAGACUGCAGCAAGCCCCGAGAAUCAGAAAAUCCAGAAAAGAAAUGAAGCAAUGCACUCGUAAGUAUACUAGUAUUUGUUUUCUCCAAUACAGAUCAGUGGUCACAACUCACAACCGACGUUUAGAACAAGCGGGUGAUGCUCCAAGUUCCAUAUCAUCGGCAUGAAUUUUGUUUUUUUUUUUUUUUUUUUUUUUUUUUUUUUUUUUUUUUUUUCACUUUCUGAGAGCAAUAAGUUAAGAAGACCAGUUUCCCUGAUUAUUUAAGUUUGGGAAAGAUAUGUUACAUUCAGCAAUUUUAUGAUAGACAGA